UUCGUUCCACAAACUUCCAAUUAUGGUUGGUUAUCAAAAAUGGGGAAGAGGUGCCGAUGAAGAAAGUUGGCGACAAGUUGAUCCCCAAGACCGAAGACGAGUUUGAUGCCGAGGACAUCAAAAAGGUCGAGAACUAUGCAAAGGCAAUAAACAUGCUUUAUUGUGCUGUAAAUCCUGAUGACUACUGCAAGAUCUCCUGCUGCUCAACCGCCAAGGAGAUGUGGGAUAAACUUGAGGUGACGUACGAAGGAACGGACCAAGUACGUGAAGCCAAGAUUGACUUCCUCACCCAAGAAUAUGAGAUGUUCAGGAUGAAGGAGCACGAGAAGAUCGACGACAUGUUCGACCGAUUUUCCAAGAUAGUCAACGAUCUUCAUGCAUUGAAGAAGACUUACACCGACAGGGAUCUUGUAGGAAAGAUCCUACGGAGCUUGACAUCCGAAUGGCGAUCCAAGGCUGAUGCCAUCUAUGAGUCGAUCGGCACAUCAAAUGUCACCAUCGACAGUUUAAGAGGUAACUUAAAAACAUAUGAAUAUACUAUAGUUAAUCCGUCUUUGAAUGACAAGAGAAAAGGCAUAGCAUUAAAAGCCUCCAAAGAACCGACAAUGAAUGACUCAAGCGAUGAAGAUGAAGUCAAGCUCAUCAUGAAGAAGUUUUGCAAACUUCUAAAGAAAGAGAAGGCUGAGGAUGGCCCUGUGUGCUAUGGAUGUGGUGAAGCCGGGCACAUCAAGAACAAAUGCCCGAAAAGCGGAAGGAAUGCUCGGCACUUCAAAAGGCAAAGGGCAUAUAUCUCUUGGGGUGGCGACUCCGGCGAUGAAUCAAGCAAACAAGAGGAAGAAGAGGAAGCAAAUAUUUGUCUCAUAGCUCAAGAAGAAGAGGAGUCCGCCAACAACGAAAACCAAGAGUUUAAACCCUCUAUGAAGAAGGAAAACCUCCUUGACUAAACUACCACAAGAAAACGGAGGAAAAUAGCCAAAAUCUGCCCAAGGUUGCCAUAGUCCUAAUUUCUUCAUUUUACGUCAAAAUAACUUGUUUCAAGUAUCAAGGUACACAAACAGAAUAGUGACCGAACCGGAGGACAAUGCUAAGGCGAUGGAGGGAUGGACGAGAUGACAUAAAGAAUGAUAAAAAUAAUAAAGAUGUUAUUUUAAAAUAUAUAUUUUGUACGAAUAUGUUAAGCUUCCGCAUGUAUAAUAGUUACUCCAAUAUUAUCAAUAAAUAAAUAAGUUUUGUUUAAUGCUCCAUUUUCUGAAUCAAAAAGUUAGACCCGUUAACACCGCGAGUCGGAUAUUCGAAUAAAUUCAGGUAUCCGGG